AUGGAUGAAGAACUUUCAGAAUUAUGGAGUAAGUUUUCCUUAACUGAAGAGGAAAGGUAUGAAAUUGUAAUCACUGACCAUGACAUCGAGAAUAAUAUGAGGAGAGGGAGGUUAUGUAUGGUGGGGAAAGUAAUAGCUGAUAAAAAGAUUAAUAAGUAUGCGUUCAAGAAAAUGAUGUUAAAAGUGUGGAAAUCUUGUGAUGAAGUGAAAAUUCAUGAGGUAGGAGACAAUCUUUAUGUGUUUGAAUUCCAAACUGAGGAAGAUUUGAAUAAAAUCUGGGGAGGUCAGCCUUGGUUAUUUGAUACCAAUCUGGUUUGCAUUAAAAAAUUUGAUGGUAUUACUCCAACAGCUGAUCUGAAUUUUAAUUCCACUACCUUGUGGGUUCAACUUGGUAAUCUACCUCUCGGAUGUAUGAAUAAGGAAAUUGGUAGUAAGAUUGGAUCCACUAUUGGUAAAGUUAUCGAGGUGGAGGCUGAUUAUGAUGGGAAUUGCUGGGGAAAAUGGGUUAGAGUGCAAGUUGAGGUUGACUUAAUUAAACCUUUAAUAAGAGGGAAAAUUAUGGAGCUGAUGGGACAGAAAAGUUUUAUUCCUUUUAGAUAUGAAAGGCUGCCUAGGUUUUGUUUUAAAUGUGGAGCUAUUAUGCAUGGUGUGCAAGGAUGUAUUGGGAAACAUAAACACAUGGAAGACACAAAGGAUUACAAUCUGCAACAAUAUGGAUCAUGGUUGCGUGCUUCAAGCUCUGCUGCAGUUUCCAGCUAUGGCAGCAGCUUAGGUCCAUCCUUCCCUUCUUUUUUAAUGACAGGGUCUUGUAAUAAAGGGGAAAAACUAGCUCAAAAAGACAUUCAGUUGGUUGAGGUAGAGUCAAGUAAGGAAUUGUCAAAACAUCAUACAAUAGAAGAGGACAAAGCAGACAAUAAUGUUGGCCAGUUUCAAAAUGAGGACUUAUCUAUUUUCAACAAGGAAGCAGAACCAAAAGAGUUAAUACUUGACAGUUCAAAGCAAUUACCGGAACAGUUAGCAGUUCAACCUCUAUCAACUGUAGUGAUGCCUAGUCAGCCUGCUCAAUUAGAACACCUGAAAGAUCAACAAAAGCUGGAUCCAAUUGAGCACAUUCCUGAGGUAUGCACUACUAGAUGGAAGAGAAGGACAAGGGGAAUGCAAAUUAAUGAAGAUAUGAAACCUGCUACUCCUGCUCAUAGGAAGAGAAGAAAUGAGGAUGAAUCUGAUAUGAUGACAAAGGAAAAUCAGCAAGAUAGUAGGGGUAAAAAACAAGCUUUAUUAUCGGAUUUUGAUAUAUCAGCGGAGGCUACUAGUCAGCCCCGCCGGGAGAAAUGA